AUGAGAUUCCUUUGUUUACGUUAUCUUCGAUCUUUUUCUCUCUCCUCACUUUAUGCUGCUUUCUUUCUUUCUUUUGCUCUUUGUCUAUCAUUCUCUCCCCCACUCUCUCUCUCCCAUUCUCCCUCUCUCUUCCCCCUCUCUCCCUCCCCUUCCCCUCUCUCUCUCCCCUCUCCCCCCUCUCUCCCUCCCUCUCUCCCCUCUCUCCCCCCUCUCUCUCUCUCCCUCCCUCUCCUCUCUCCUCUUACUCACUCUCUCUUUCUAAAUCUAUUCUUUUUGUGGUUCUUUCCCUCUCUUUUUCUUUGCCACUUGUUCUCCCGUUUCUCUCUCUCUCUUUCUCUCUCUUUCUCUCUCUUUCCCCCACUCUCUCCCCCUCUCUCUCCCUCUUACUCACUCUCUCUUUCUAAAUCUAUUCUUUUUGUGGUUCUUCUUAAACACUCUCUUUUUCUUUGCCACUUGUUCUCUCCUGCUCUUCCCGUUUCUCUCUCUCUCUUUCUCUUUCUCUCUCACUCUCUCUCUCUUUCUUUCAUUCUAUCACUCUCGUUAGUUGAAUUUUCAUCUUUCCCACCCUUUUUGGCACGUCUCUUUCUCUGUGAAUUCGAGUAA